AUGGGAGAUUUCAACUCUUUCAAAUAUCUUCCGCUGCCUGGCCCAAACUACAUUCGACUUCUCCAUCUGGAGCCCGCCUCCAAUAACCCCGCAGAGUUAAGAGGUUACCUCAAGGCUCACGAGCUCAACGCGCAAAGCGAAUAUGAAGCUAUUUCAUACGCCUGGGGCGAUUAUCCCGAGUCCAAUCGACCUAUAUUCUUAAACAACCAAGUUUUGAAGAUCACGUUCAACCUAUAUGCUGCGCUUAUGGCGUAUAGCUAUCCAGAUCGUACCAGAAUACUGUGGGCGGAUGCCGUUUGCAUUAACCAAGCGGACACGGCCGAGAAAUCACAACAAGUCGCUAUCAUGUCUCAUAUAUACAGCAAGGCAAAAUCUGUGCAGAUAUGGCUCACACUGGCAUCAAAGGCGGCAACGGACGCUAUGAAUUUCAUGAGAAGUCUUUCACUACAAGCAGAGUCUUUCGGAAUCAGUGCUGAAGCCGGCUUCCUUCUUUCUCGAUCGUGGUUCAACCGAGUAUGGGUUGUUCAAGAAGUCACAUUGGCUAAAAAAUUGGAAGUUUCCUGUGGACAUUCGACAAUGGAUUGGACUAAUUUCGCCCGUGCUUUAGAGGUCCUUCGCGGUGCUAUAAGACAGGUCCCACAGGGAGAAGCGCGAUCGAAGGUAGAAGGUGUCAAGCCGGCCUGGGAGCUUGUACGGCUUCGGGAUGCCUUCAGACUGAUUGAUCGGCACAGUACAAGACACCAUCAUCUCAUGACCAACCUCGUCGGGAGGCAGAUGAGCAACAAGGCAUGUACCGACGAUCGCGAUAGAGUCUAUGCUAUGCUAGCAAUGACGAACUCCCCCUACUCUAUGUCUCCCGACUAUGGCAGAACGGUAGCCGAAGCUUAUACUGAGUUCACCAGGAGAUAUUCCCCAAACACACAAAUCUAUUGGGCGGGAUUGUGCCGCAGGAAACUCCGCUCGAGUUUGGAGAGCACGGACACUUCCAAUAAGACCGAUACACCAUUGCACAUCGAUAUCAUGAAUCGCGAUUAUCUGCCUUCUUGGGUCCCAGAGUUCCGCCCGUCCUUGAACCUAGCCUGGGCUUCACCAUUCACCGGAACAUAUAGAGUUGCAAAAGGGGCCCCUUUUCAUUUUAGCCCUCAUCCAACAGUCCGCAAUAUCAUGUACGCCACGGGUGCAAUAUUCGACACCAUUGUAACAGCCAGUUGGGAAUAUAAAGCGUAUAGUCCGCCUCUGUGCAUGUACGACCCAGGCUUCUAUUUCUCUGUUAUCGAUCAACUACAAGCAAUACUUUGCUUCCCUAUCAACUUCGGGACCCGGGUAGAAGUUGUAAAGUUAGAUCAGAUACCUGAGCAACAAAUUCAACCUACUUCGGAACCGCGGUGGCUGAUACUCGCCAAAACCCUAACGGGUGGAGUUGGGGAUUGCUUUGGAGCGGAGUUUCUCCUAUCGCGGUAUUCUAUGUUCGUGACUCUCAAUCACCUCGAACCGGGUAGCGUGCCCUGGCUAAAUGCAAUCUGGGAUUGCUUUGCCAGACAUUGCCUUGCUCCGACUGGAGAAGUAUUCCAGCAUGUUAUUCUGAACUCAUUGGGUGUAGGGUCCAGACCGCUCUCCGAGGACGGCAAAAUAGCAGAUGGGUUCCUUGGUUACUUAGCUAAUAUCCUUGUUCCAAACCGGCUAUUCAUCACUACGAAAGGACACAUCGGGCUUGCUUCCAGGGAUAUUCGAAGCAUGGACUUGGUUACCGUCUUCAAUGGCUGUCAUAUGCCGUACGUUGUUCGACCAGCAAGAAAAGUGAAAUGUAAGAAUGACUUAGCCAAGGGAGCAGUCCAAGUUAUUGGGCCAUGCUAUCUUCAUGGAAUAAUGAACGGGGAGAUAUUUAAGGACCGGCAUGCACCACAGUUCUCAAAGUUGAGAUGGACGAGGCGUGAUGGCGACCCAGUUGAUUCCUUGAAAGGGUGGAUCACACUAAUUUAAUGCGAAGGCUUGGAUGUAUGCGCUCCAUCUACAUGUAGGGUGGAGCAAUAGUGUGUUCGACCGCGACAUAUAGCCUCGGUUGUACAACUAUCAUGACG